AAAGUCAUAGUGGUCAAUUAUUGUCAUUCACUUGUUAACUAGUUAACAUGAGGUGGCUCAUACUUUUACUCUGGGGGGCAAUAGGCCAAGGACUAGAACGUGUGCCGCUGCGGAGAGGGAUGUCUCUGAGACAGAAGCUGAUAGAAAGUCGAUUUCCAGAGAAUCUUUUUCACUCCCUAUUGAUGGAUUUGGCUGGGAAGUAUUCUCCUCUGUUGGAUAACAGCCACCUCUCCUCUCAAGAACCUUUAAGCAACUACAUGGAUAAUCAGUACUUUGGCACAAUCUCUAUUGGAACCCCACCACAAGAAUUCAAUGUUGUGUUUGAUACCGGAUCUGCAAACCUUUGGAUUCCAUCUGUUACCUGUUCCAGUGCAGCCUGCACAAAUCACAAUCGGUUUAACUCCAAAUUAUCCUCCACCUUCAAGCCGGGGAAUAAAAUGGUUUCCAUUUCCUAUGGAACUGGCAGUAUGAGUGGAGCCUUGGGAUAUGACACUGUGCAGGUGGGCGACAUUGUUGAUAGAAAACAAGGGCUACUGCUAAGUGAGACGGAGUCCAUCUUUCUCUUCUAUUCCAAGUUUGAUGGGAUUCUAGGUCUGGGGUAUCCCAGCCUCUCAGUAGGUGAUGUAACCCCUGUGUUUGACAAUAUGUGGAAUGAGGGGCAAGUAAAUGAAGAUCUUUUCUCCGUCUGUCUAACCAGUGACGAGGGAAGCGCGGUGGUUUUUGGUGGCACAGAUAAUUCCUGUUAUGUCGGAGGGCUACAGUGGGUCCCAGUCACCGCUCAAAAAUUCUGGCAGAUAACAGUGGACAGUGUAACCAUAAAUGGGCAGAUCAUUGCUUGCAGUGAAACCUGUCAGGCCAUUGUGGAUACGGGAACCUCUGUGAUUGCUGGACAUCCAGAUGCAAUAAGGACCAUCCAGGGAGCCAUUGGAGCCAAGCCAGAUAAAUAUGGACUGUUCACUGUGAGUUGUGAGUCUGUCAGUUCUUUGCCUGAAAUCGUCAUCACAAUCAAUGGGAUCCAUUAUCCACUGCCUGCACAAGCUUAUAUCAACCAGUUUCCUGGCUCCUGCAACAGUGGGUUCCAGGCCACCUCCGGCCUAUGGAUUCUGGGAGACAUCUUUAUCCGAGAAUAUUUUACAGUAUUUGACAGAGGCAACAACCGUGUGGGAUUUGCUCCAACCCCAAAGGUCUAACCAAUCCAGGGAACAGUUUCUGCAUAUAAUCUACUCUCAAUGCUACAACACAUGUCUUUAAUAUUGACCAAUAAAUUCCUUAUGCUCGAAAAACA